UCUGGUGCAUUUCAAAGAAAGCGUAAAAAGUCAGACAUGCGCAUGUAAAAUAAUGUUUAUUUAGUUUUACAAAAUGUAAAACAAAAAAAAAAGUUUGGAUUAAAGCUUUACAAUUCAGUUCAUACCGCUUAGGUUUAGUUCUAAAAUUGCAAAUGUUACACCUUAAGUGAAACGUUAAAAAAGCGUUUUGUGUAAAAAAAGGAAAAAGUUUGGAUUAAAGCUUUAAAAUUGUUCAUACCGCUUAGGUUUAGUUUUAAAAUCGCAAAUGUUACAUCUUAAGUGAAACGUAAAAAAAGUGUUUCAUUGCAAAAAAAAAAAAAAAAAAGUUUUUUUUCCAUUAAAACUGAAAAAAUCCUAAAAGUAAAAUCUACUACAAAAAAGGUCUAAAUCUUCGUGAUCACGCGCAGCAUUGUUUUUUUUUUUUUUUUUAUUAAUGAUUUUGUAACUUCUCCGGUUGUCACCGUGACGAUGGACAACGCCGCUUUAUUUUUUUUUCAUUAAUUAUGUGUUAAUUGUCUGAGUUCUUUGUGAUGAUGAUGGACAGCAGUGUGGGUGUCAUGAGGAGUGACGCGGCCAUAUUUGCCGGUGCUGCUCCGCUGUAAACAAAAAGUGUCUGCGAGACGGACGCUCCGCUGAUUUUAGGGACAAUUUUAUUUCUCUCAUUUAUUAUCUCUUCAGGUAUGUCUUACAAACCCAAUCUCCAUCAACACCUUCCGGGAACUUCUGGGAACCAAGGAAACAUUCCCUCUCCAUCUUCAAUGGCCACGAUACAGUCCUACAAGCCCAUUCUGAACGACUUUGGGCCGCCUUCGUUGGGAUUCCCACAGGGUCCAAAUGGAAACCAAGUACCUCAGAGUAAAUAUGCUGAACUCCUCGCCAUUAUUGAAGAGCUUGGGAAAGAAAUAAGGCCGACGUAUGCGGGGAGUAAAAGCGCCAUGGAGCGACUUAAAAGAGGUAUCAUUCAUGCCAGAGGGCUUGUUCGGGAGUGUCUGGCAGAGACAGAGAGAAAUGCCAGAUCCUAGCGCCUCCUUCAGCGUUCUCUCCAUACGGCUGAAAGAACUGUGUCACGCGGGAGUCAUGCAUGCCUUUCCUUUGAGGGGAUAAAACAAUCAAAAAACGGAGCAUUUAUGUUACGAGUUGCGCUUUUCAUCUGCGGUUUGGAGGGAAUAAGGCACCAUUCAGAGAAUAUAUCUUCUGAUUUAUAAAUGCAAGAGAUCCGGAACUGUUGCCAUUUGAUUUUAUUUUUAAUUUUUUUUUUUAUAUACUUCAUUUUCUUUUGACCACAUAGUAUGUUUAAGAACAAAUAAGCAAAAAUGCAUGCAACCGGAUGAAAGGUCCCACAGUAGAAUCUGCAUGGCUUUUACAGGUUAGAGUAGGUUUGUGCUUUUAGAAAUAGGUCUCAGGAUAAGGUCAAGUAUUUUUUCUUUGGACGCACUAAUGGAUAGGUGAGGUUUCUUUUAAUCGGGGAGAUACUGAAAAGUAUUAUAGUGAUGCCAUUACUUUCGUCUUUAUUUGUAUUUAUUACCUUGUGUAAUACAAUGUAUUUUCAUGUAAAGACAAAAAAAGGUCACUCUUUGGAAUUUUGUAUAUCUGUCAAUAAAUAUGACAUUCAUUGUGUAUGAAA